AUGUCGCCUUUAUCCGACCUCGAAGAUGAAAAGAAGCAGUACCAAGAGCAGUUGGACAUCGUCCACGGCCAACUACGCGACGACCCCGAGAACGUCGAACUCAAAGCGCUUCAGGAGGAGUUGAACAACUUCAUUGAUCUCCUCAAUGAGAACAUUGCUGAGCUCAAGCCCAAGCAGGCGCCCAAGCCAGCUCCCAAGCAGCCGUCCCCGCCACCUGAACCGGAGAAGUGGUCCCGCGAGAACCACCCCGCCUUUAAGAAAGCGACCCCGGCCGAGGAGAAGGAGGACACGCCCGUCCACUACCAGGUCAACGACACAGUGUUGGCGAAAUGGGUCACCGGUGACAAGGCAUUCUACCCGGCGCGUAUUACAUCCAUUACAGGGUCCUCGACAGACCCCAUCUACAUUGUCAAGUUCAAGACGUAUGAUAACACAGAGACCCUGCGAUCUCGAGAUAUCCGCCCUGUCUCGAAUAAGCGAAAGGCAGACGGUACCCCAUUGUCCUCGACACCCGCGACUCCCCCUGCCCCCGGAUUGGUGACGUCGGCCGGCGCGACAGUGUAUCCUGAAGCGAAGAGAGAAGCCGAGAACAACGGCGAUGUGAAGCCCCCCAAGGCAAAGAAGCUUAAGGCGAAGAAGGAGCUCGAGAAGAACAAGAAUAAGUGGCAAGAGUUUAGCGCCAAAUCCAAGUUCGGAAAGGCUCACAAGAAGGAGAGCAUGUUCCGAACUCCCGAGGGUGUUAACGGUAGAGUUGGUUUCACAGGCUCUGGCCAGACCAUGCGAAAAGACCCAACUCGAAGCCGUCAUGUCUACCAAAUGAACGAUGAGCUGGACUAA